CCCGACCCCCCCCGGCACCCCCAGCUCCCGUACCUCAUCGACGGCUCCACCAAGCUGACGCAGAGCAACGCCAUCCUGCGCUACAUCGCCCGCAAGCACAACAUGUGUGGUGAGACGGAGGAGGAGAAGCAGCGCGUGGACGUGCUGGAAAACCAGCUGAUGGAUUUGAGGAUGAAUUUCGCCCGGCUCUGCUACAGCCCUGACUUUGAGAAGCUGAAGCCGGCGUUCCUGGAGCAGCUGCCCAAGAAGCUGCAGGAGCUGUCGCGAUUCCUGGGCUCCCGGCCCUGGUUUGCGGGGCAGAAGCUCACCUUCGUGGACUUCCUGGCCUACGACGUGCUGGACCAGCAGCGCAUGUUCGUGCCCGAGUGUCCCGAGCUGAAGGGAAACCUGGCCCAGUUCCUGCAGCGCUUCGAGGCCCUGGACAAGAUCUCUGCCUACAUGCGCUCGGGGCGCUUCAUGAAAACUCCGAUUUUCUGGCGCACGGCCAAGUGGUGCAACACCAAGGAGUGAGGGGCUGACCCCCCCCCGGGCCCCCCAGGUCGCCCUAGAACUCCCCAAUAAAUCAUGAGGGGCUCCCCCUUG